AUGGCGCAGAAGGCUGACACAGAAGACGACUACGUUAAAGUUAAAAGGAGGGAUUUGGAAAGGCUGACAACGGAGGUUAUGCAACUGCGGGAUUUCUUACCCAAAAUAUUGAACUGGGAUAUCUUGGGGACGUUCCAGAAACUGGAUGCUGUUGAAUCAAACAUGGAGAAAAAGGAGGAGGAAAUAGAGCAGCUGAAAAUGGAUUGUGAACACUUCAGAGCCCGCCUGGAAACAGCCCAGGCAGAUUGCAUGAGAGAGAAAAAGGAGAAGCUGGACCUCCGGCAGCACCUGAACGAGGCCAAGCAGCAGCUCCUGCAGCAGGCAGAAUAUUGUACAGAAAUGGGUGCAGCAGUAUGCACCUUGCUGUGGGGCGUAUCUAGCAAUGAGGAAGCAGUUAGAAACAUUCUAGGAGGAAGUAAAGCAGUAAAGUUUUUUACAAUCACUGCACAGACUAUGGAGAGCUUUGUGAAGUCAUUAAAUGAAGACGUGAAGCAGCAGGAUUUGGAUUCUGAUGAAAAUCAGUUUGUAUUAGCUUUGGCAGGGAUUGUAACAAAUGUGGCUGCGUUGGCAUGUGGCCGUGAAUUCUUGGUUAGUUCAAGUCGGGAGUUACUGGACACAAUGAUGCAGCUCCUAGGAGACAUGAAGCCGGGACUCUGUACUAAAUUUAAAGUGCUAAUGCUGAUGUCACUUUACAAUGUGAGCAUCAACUUGAAAGGCUUGAAGUACAUCAGUGAAAGUCCGGGUUUUAUUCCUUUGCUUUGGUGGCUAUUGAAUGACCCUGAUACAGAAGUUUGUCUUCACGUUCUGCGGCUCCUCCAAUCUGUGAUUUUGGAGCCAGAAGUAUUAGCCAAGUCAGCCUCUGAGAUGCGUGAUACUUUACCAUUUCAGCGUAUCAUCGCACUGUCAAAGAGCCGCAAUGCAGAUCUGCAAGCACUUGCAAAAGAACUACUUGAAGAUCUUAAAAUACUUGAGUAUGAAGCAUAGAAGAGCUCUGUGACACCAACUGCGUAUGUUUUUCCUAUAUUUUUGUGCUGCAAGGGUUGUUAGAGAUGGUCUUGACUGAAAAGCCUUUGCCUAACUCGCUCUGCCUAAGUUCCUUUCUGAAACUAGGCAACCCAACUAAAAUAAUAUUUGGUAAAUAUGCUGGGUUUUAAAUGCCCAAAUAUAAUCUUAGGUGCUCUAGUAGACAUGGAAAAGGCUUAAUUUUCUUGAGUAGGAUUUUGUUGAUAACGGGUUCCCAAAGUAAUCCAGGUUAUGUUGCCUCUUUACCAUAUAUAUAGGGAGUAGAGUAGUCAUUUCAUCCACUGAUACUGUGUGGUUUAUUGCAAUGGUAAAUAAUCCUUUUGAGCCAUCCUUAAGAAUUACUGUGCUGAAGGAAAACGUUUGUUGCUUUUCGUAAUUUUUGUGUCAGAAUGCCACCCAAGUUUCAGUUUUA